ACCGCAUAUAACAGAGUUUUACUUUUAAAUAACUGCAGUAUCAACACCUUUGUCUACGAAACAUCAUUAAAGUUAAUUGACCAUGAACUAAAUCUGUUGAGUUGAGGUUUGAGUUUUAUACCUGCUCAAAAGAUAACCUCUACAAAAGUUGUGCCUAAGAUCAUUGCAGGUAUAGAACUUGGUAUAAAGAAAAAGAAUCCGGUUGAGAAGGAACAAAUAAUUGAUGUAACAAGAGAUGUACUUGAUAAAAGUUUGCCUAAACAAGUUAGGAAAAAUAUAAGAAAUCUUACAGCAAACAGCAAGAAGAAGCAGUUAGAACUUUAAAGAAUGGUGAAAACGUAGUUGUAGUAUUAGCUGAUAAGGGAAGCAAGGAUAAAAGUACGUAUAAUGAAAUUAGGAAGGAUCCUCGUAAUGAAAUACAUAAAUGAUUAACAGCUUUAUUAAAAGAUUUCGUAGACAAAGGUGUUGAUACUGCAGUUAUUUAAAAGUAAAACUCUGUUAUAUGCGGUAGAUAGACCGAAAUUGCAUAAGACAGGUAUCACUAUGCGAUUAAUUGUAUCUAUGCGGAAUAGCAUAGAUCCAGAGUUGGCUAAAGUGUUAAGAAAAAUAUUGAAACCUUUAUCAGAAAAAGUUAGAUCAUUAGUAAAUACAGAUGAUUCCAUACCUGAAAUACAUCAUAUAUCUGUGGGUGGUGAAACCACAUUAGCAAGCUUAGAUAUACUUGAUCUUUUUACUUCUAUAAAUAGAAGAAACUCAAUGAUAAUUUUAACAAAAAUGUUAGAUGAUGACGAUUCUUGGCAGGAAAAAUUCGAUUCUUAUCCUGAAAAGUUUAUUAACAAACGUAUGAAUAAAGAAAUUAAACUUUCUUCAAGAAAAUGGGAUAAUUCUAUAUUACAAACAGAUAGUUCUAUUGUAGUAUUAUUACCACAUGUUAAGAGUAUUACGGAUAAAGCGAGAAGAAAUUUGAGCAAAUUUUAA